AUGACAGACCCUCGGGGAAGGACGAUAAAGGUCGUGCUGCGGGAGACUGGAGCUUUCAUUGAUAUGAUGCUGAGAGCUGGAGGAGCAGACACCUCUGGCACAUCGCUGCUUCUCAUGCUGCUUCUGUUUUCCUGUCACCACCUGUGCCACUCUCUGCGAGUCCCAAACCUUUCUUCAUAUGCAAAAGCAGAGGACAAGCUUUUUAAAUACCUCUUUAGCAACUACCAGAAAUGGGUCCGUCCAGUUGAGUACCUCAACCAGACAAUUAGUGUGAAGUUUGGACUGGCCAUUUCUCAGCUGGUGGAUGUGGAUGAGAAGAACCAGCUAAUGACAACUAAUGUAUGGAUGAAACAGGAAUGGAUGGAUAUGAAACUCAGGUGGAAUCCAGAGGAGUAUUUAGGAAUCACAACAGUUCGAGUUCCCUCUGACAGAAUAUGGUCCCCAGAUGUUGUCCUAUAUGAUAAUUCAGAUGGCCGUUUUGAAGGCACUGUAACCAAAGCUGUUGUGAAGUAUGAUGGAACCAUAACCUGGACACCUCCAGCCAAUUACAAGUCUGCCUGCACUAUAGACGUCACAUUCUUCCCCUUUGACCUUCAGAACUGCUCCAUGAAGUUUGGUUCAUGGACAUAUGAUGGCUCACAGGUUGACAUAACUUUGGAGGACUUUCAUGUGGACAAGCAGGACUAUUUUGACAACGGUGAAUGGGAGAUUGUCAAAGCCACUGGGAGUCGUGGUUUGAGGACUGACGGCAGCAUUUCCUACCCCACUAUCACCUACUUCUUCGUCAUUCGUCGACUACCUCUUUUCUACACCCUCUUCCUCAUCAUCCCUUGCAUUGGGCUGUCAUUUCUCACCAUCCUUGUCUUCUACUUGCCCUCAAACGGUGGUGAGAAGAUCUCGCUCUGCACUUCAGUUCUGGUCUCUCUCACUGUUUUCCUGCUGGUUAUUGAGGAGAUCAUCCCCUCCUCAUCCAAGGCCAUCCCACUCAUCGGAGAGUAUUUGGUGUUUACUAUGAUUUUUGUCACUCUUUCUAUAGUCAUCACAGUAUUUGCCAUUAACAUACAUCACCGCUCAUCGUCCACGCACCACGGCAUGGCUCCGUGGGUCAGACGGAUAUUCCUGCAUCGACUUCCUAAAGUUUUGUGCAUGCGCAGCCAUGUGGACCGCUACGCCACCAGUGGAGUAGCUGGGACUAUUGGGACUCUUGGACUAAAAGGGUCUUCACCAGAGCUCACACCGCUUCUGGACAAAAGACAGCGCAUAGAAGCAGCACUGGAUUCCAUUCGCUACAUAACCAUGCACGUGGUGAAGGAGAACGAAGUCAGAGAGGUAGUACAGGACUGGAAGUACGUGGCCCAAGUGUUGGACCGAGUGUUUCUCUGGGCCUUCCUCUUGGUUUCAGUGCUGGGCUCCGCUCUGCUUUUCAUCCCAGUAAUCUACAAAUGGGCCAGUAUUGUUGUUCCAGAUUACACUGGAAGUACUCUCUGA